AUAUGAUCAAUACACACAAGAUGCCCAAGGCCUGAGGUAAAUAUAAACACCAGGCAAUGCCUCGGGGAACGCCACAUGUCACUGAAAACACACAGGGUUUUCCCGCGGCCAUCUACAGGUAACUCUUCGAUCUCAGUCUAGUGUUGACAACCCGUGUACACUGCAGACCUUCCAGAGUACGCCGGUUUUAUUAUCAGGAUGCCGAUACGAGGGGGCAGGCGAGGUCGACGGGUGAUGGACGAAGAGCAGCCCCUCCCAGAGGAGGUCGAGAUGGAGGAAAACUUGAGGAGAGAGUUAGAAAACAAAUUCAAGCCCAUGUUUGCUCAGCAUGGUCGUGAAGGGCUUCCCCUGAAAAACCUUCGGGAUGAGCUGAUAGAUGAGGGCAUCACAGAAAAUAUUCCUGAUGAAAGAGUUCAGGAGCUGCUGAUGAGGGCAGAUGGAGAUGGUGAUGCCCACAUCACAUACAAGGAGUUCAUGGCAAUGAUGACCCGUGACUUGACCAAAGCAGAGCGGUCAGCGUUUAGAAGUGUUCUAAGGGAUGCCAUAGCAGAUAUCUUACCUAAACACAUGAGAGAAGACUUUAUUGCCAACUACACGUGUUGUCCACCUCCAAUCUUCAUGAUCACCAUCAGUAUAGUCGAGAUUAUAGUAUUUGUUGUGUAUGCGUUGGAGCUGAAAGACACCAGUAAUCCAGUAACGGCAAACACUGGUGUUCCCUCCUACAGUCCACUCAUCUACCUUCCCAAACGCAGAUAUGAGGCGUGGCGCUUCGUCACAUACAUGUUUAUACAUCAAGGGUAUCUCCACAUCAUCUCCAACCUCAUUUUUCAACUUUUACUGGGUCUGCCUCUGGAAAUGGUCAACAAGUUCUGGAGAAUUCUAAUCAUUUAUGUUUUGGGUGUCAUUGCCGGAUCCCUAGCCCACUCCGUGACGGAUCAUGAUGUUGCCCUGGCUGGAGCUAGUGGUGGAUGUUAUGCUUUGAUUGGUGCCCACAUAGCCUCUGUCAUUGUGAACUGGAAGGAGAUGAAUUACAAGUGUUUUGAGGGCAAUAUUUGCAGGUUUCUUCUCAGUGCCCCUGUGAGGCUGACAUUACUGCUAACAUUCUCCAUCCUCGACACAGGCAAUGCAGUUUACAGAAGAUUUUUUGAUGCCAAUGCUACCACAAAGAUCGGAAUAUCUGCACAUAUUGGUGGACUUUUGGCAGGCCUACUUCUUGGUAUCCCGAUCCUCAAAAACAUCAAAGAGUUGCCGUGGGAGAAGACCUUAGGCUGGAUUACCUUGGCUGUAUAUCUUAUAUUUGUGUCAUUUGCCAUGUUUUUCAAUGGUUUAUACCCAGGCUACCCAGAGACGGACUGGACCCCACUGUAGUGUACGAGGGGGUGGGGUGUUGGAUGGGUACAUGGAGGACUAUGUCAUUGUCGAGACAUCCAAGUCAACAUUUCUUCCCAAGGCCCAAAAAUGUCAUUUCUUAUUGUGAAAAAAACCCAAACAAUUAGGUAAGAUAGGUGUUUUAAAAAUCGUUACCAUGAACUCAACAGUACUUCCUUAGUAUUUUCCAUACUCAAAUUAAGAUUAAUCAGGCAAACAAUUAGAAUGUCGAUAGAAAAACAAGAAACAAUCAUUGUUUUUUACCUUAAGAAUAUAGGAAAUAGAAAUAAACGACAUAGUUUCACUGUAAAUAAAUUUCCUUGAAUAACUGUACAGAAUGAAAUACUCAAAAUUGUAUAUUAAUGAUGUGAUAAUAGAUUUAGGGUGAGUUUAUGAUGUAACUACACAUAUGUAAGGUAUGGAGUACUGGGUGAGGAGUUUAAACGAUGUGGGAAGAAUCUUAUAUACAUUAUAUUAGGAGAUCUCUUAUUGGGUGAGGGUAUACUGCUAGUAGUCUAUUGGGGAAGAGUCUAUUAUAAACUAUUGGGGACGAUUGGGAAUGGUUUAAUAUAUUCGAUUAGGGAGGAGUUUAAUAUAUUCGAUUGGGGAAUAGUUUAAUAUAUUCGAUUAGGGAGGAUUUCAAUACAUUCAAUUAGGGAGGAGUUUAUUCGAUUGGGAGAAGAGUUUAAAAUAUUUGAUUGGGGAGGAGUUCAAUACAUUCGAUGGGGGAAGAGUUUAAUAUAUUCGAUUGAGAAGGAGUUUUGUAGUCUAUAUAGUAUGAGUAUGAUGACCUCUUGGUGACCUCUAUAUUAUUUUGAGUGGAGAUAUGAUCUAUGGGGGAUGUCUGUGAUUAUUUUACCUGGAACUAAAAGUUCAACAAUGUUAUAAUGAUAACAUGAAAAAUAUUUAGAAGGCAUAAUCGAUAUCGGUGUAAGAUGACCCUGAGACGUGGAUCUGAUGUCGGAAAGUGCUAAGUUGUAGUAUACAUGUUUUUGCUACUGUCAACAGGUAGGGAUCCUGAACGUGAUACUUCAUUGUUUCACCCCUUGUUUGGAUAGUAACAUUCCAAAAAUGGUCAGGAAUGAUACUGUAAAAGAACAUUUGACCCAUGUCACCUUGAGCAGUGUGUUUCACAGGAUAUGAUAAUUAGGGAGUGUAUAAUAGUAUCUAUGUAUCGUUCAAACAUUGAUGAUCACACAUGUUCCUUUAAAAAUAAAGAUAUCUGUUAUUAUUGGCAGUUGUUUAUAUGAUAUAUACAUUCAUCUAGGGAAAUUUUUUUUUUCUUUUUUUUCUUAUUUUUUUUUUUUAUAAUGAAUUCGAUUUUAAUCCAUCCUCCUUUUAUGAUAGGUAUUGCUGAUGUGAUUGUUGAUGAGACCAUAGACUUUUGUGUUCCAACCAAUCACUGUAGUUUCAUCUUUAGUUAGAAUCUGAUUACAGUGAGGAAUCAUGAUAAGGAAACAAUGUGGAUGUCUGCAAUUUAGUUUACGGUGUAAAGUCUAUAUAUAAUACCUGGUUCUAAUCACCUUCCUUUUGAUAGUCUGAUUGUUAUUUCUGAAGCUUAAUACCGUUCAUUGUUCUGUUAUUUGGUCAAUUCUCACAACUUCCCACAACAAACCAUACAAUGUUCUUGAUGAACAUGUUUUUCUUGCCAAUAAUUCAUGCAUUAUCAUAAGUGUAUCAGUCUGGAUUUUUGGAUCUAAAACUGCAUGCCAGACUUUUGGACAUUCAUAACAGCCAAUUAUGAGAUGUUAUCUUCUUAACAUGAUGUUCAAGGUUAUGGUAUCAAUAUAUAUCACAGGUAUUACAGUUAAUUAGAUACUGUUUAUAAUACACAUGCCGUCAUUGAAUGUUUUUGUAACUGUACAUGCCAUACAAUUAUAUGAAUACCAGUGCCUAGCUGUAUAAAGUUUUCAGAAUUGAUUUUUGUCUCAUUUUAGUUUUAACAAAUAUAUUAUAUAUUGUACAACUAUUAUUUUAUCUGCUUUUUGCUGCUAUCUAAGUCAUUUGUGAAUCAAGCCGAAACACCAGUACCAUAUACCAAUACUAGUAUGAUAUUGGUAUCAAUUGACCUUUUGUCAAACAUGAUAUAUUUCCUAAAAAGUCCUUAUGUAACUAUUUACUCGAAAUUAUUAUUAUAAAGCCAUUUGACUCGAAACUGUUUAAUUAGGUAUAUCUAAAGGUUUAUGCCGUUAUACAGAUGUACAUGUGUGUUGUGCCUUGCGUUACCAUGUUAAGGAGUACUAGCAUGUUGGUAUGUUGCCAUCUGUGUUUUAUUCUCGAUAUGAUAUUGAUGAAUUGUAACUAUUAGACGAAUUAUUGAAAAUGAAAUGGUUGUCAUCAUUGAAAGCCAUUAAACAUGAAAUCAUUAUUGUUUAUCAUGAUUUAUUUAAAACGAAUAUUUUAGAUUCACCUCCCGGUAUUGAUUUAAUGGUUAUAUUUGAUCUUUCGCUUACUGGUAUUGAUUAAAUAGAAAUUUCAGAAUACUUUCACCUACUGGUAGCGUUAGCUAUAUUAUGCACUUGCUGUUGCAGUUGUCGUGUUUGAUAUUUGGAUAAUCUUUGAAGGGGGUUCCUAGAUCUUAAAUUUAACUUCAAUCAAAAAUAUCAAACGUUAUUUUUAAAUAGCUUUUAAUUCAAUGGAAAAGUAAAUUAUUUAUAGGACAUUGAGGAAGAAAUAAUUAUAUUACCAUAACUAACUUAAUGAACUUUGGUCCUAAUUCUUUGUUUUAUUCAAUGGGCCAUAAUUUUUUUAUUAUAUACCUGUGUUAUGGGCAUCAUACCGGUAAUGACUCUUUGUUUAUAUAAAGUAUUCUCAUUUCAUCAUACAGAACUGUACAUUAUGUGAUUUUACAUUCAUUCUUAUAUUUCUGUAGACGAGACAAGUGUGUAUGUGUACAUGUCCUGUUGGGGUAGAUUGUAAUGAGGCUUUGUUUUAUUGUUCUGGGGUAGACCUUACUAGCCUAUUGUUGUGUGAUGCUAUGUUAUAUUUCGUAACAAUGGUUUCUUUUAUUGUCACUGCAAUAUCUUCGAUCACGUUAAAGUAUAUUUUUACAAUUCUUUUAUAAUAAAUGCUUCAAUCACUUA